AUGUCCAUACCCUUCCCAUUAUCUUUCACACGACAACGUCUAAUAAUCUCUUUCCUGGUCGCUCUCUUAGCCCUAGCAUUCUUAUUACAUCCUUUCCCAUCACGUUAUGGAGGGUACGGAUACGUUUGGUUAACGAAAGCUUCUGGUGCCAAAGUCGAUGGGAAUGGAGCAAAGGAAUUGAUGGAGAAAUUGGAAUCGUUCGUUAGACGACCAGCUUGGGAUCAUCCGGUUUUGGAGUAUCCUUCGAGGCAAGGAUGUCCAAUGGGAACGAUGGAUAGAGAUGGUUAUUUCUUUCAUCAAGGUAAAACAGAACUUUGGACUUCAAUAUCUUCAAUGACCAUCCGACAAAAACGUCAAGCAUUAUUAGAUUAUUUCAAAAAAUUACAAAUUGAAAAUAUCCCAAUAGUUUGGUCAAAAGAUUUACUUCAACAACCUUUUCAAACUUUAAAUCCUGGUAAACCAUUAAGAGGUAUAAUAUAUGCUGCUGGUGAUGGAAAAGCUUUAAAGAGGUUAAGGUUAAGUUUACACAUGUUGAGAAAUGUCGUGAAAAGUACUUUACCGAUCGAAAUUUAUCAUUAUCCUGAUGAACUUUUACAACCUGGUGAUAAGGAGGGUUUGAUACAAGAUUUUGGAGAGGGUAUAAUUACUGUUGAGAUGAAUCAUGCGAAGGUUGAUGGGAAACAAUGGCAUGAACCAACUCUUAUACGUUGUCCUGCAAGAUGGACAGGUCCAUGUUUCGCUUGGGAACUUCAAGGACCAGAUGGAUUAAAAGGUACACCUAAUGGAUUCGAAGAUGGUCAAGGUACGAUAACUUUAGAUGUGAGAGAAGCUUGGAGGGAUGAGAAUGGUAGAUUGAGAGAUCAAGAGAUACCAGAGGGUUUGUUGGCUAUACAGAAAGCUAUGGUUGAGAUUAAUACUAGUUGAAGGGUUUUUUUGUGUGGUUUCAUUUCUUUUUGGGAUUGUCAGUUUUCAAAGGAAUUCCUUGUCUCUUCAUUGGGCUAGUGGAUUAGAGGAGUGAGUGAGGUAGGUGGGGGGUUAUAUGAUCAAGGGUUUUUAUUUGGACAAUACGGAUGAUUGGACAGUUGGACAGUUGGACAUUUGGACAGUUGGACGAUUGGACGAUUGGACGAUUGGACGAUUGGUCAUUUGAUAGAUUUCGGUGUAUGAUAGGUGAUGAUGCAUAUAUUUUAGUCUAUGCUUG